UUGGUGGCUUCGGGCAGUUUAUGACGGCUGUUUUUCUCUGGAGCUGCGUGGGGCUGAUAAUUAUAGAAGGUUCGUCGAAAGUUCUGCGAGGGUUCAUCUAUAGGGUUUGCUUCCGGGGCAUGUCGUGUGUUCAGGUCGCAGCCGCCCAGGGCAAGUCGGCCAGAUUCAAACUGGCGACGUUCCAUGUCUUGGGCGGUAAAUUUGACUCGACCAUCGCCUUCGUGCAUACGAUUGCAGCCAUCCGGUUGCUAGCUAUGGUUGGUGAGAUAGUGUUGGGAUUUCAAAUCUAUAAAUCUGUUAAUGAGCUCAAACGUCACAGGGACUACGCUGUUGAGUGGGGUCUAUGGCGUCUGAAGGAAUUUCUGAUACUCGUUUUCUAUUGCGUGCUGAUACAUUCCGUCUUUGUUCUUUCUCUUGUGUUCCUUUCUCUCGGCUAUAACAUAUUUGGGCGAUGUAAAUCACUCGCAGGGCGCUUGUUCCGAUGUGAAUCUGUCCCAGUUGGGCCUCCGCAACACGAAGUCCCAGCAGGUUUACAGCAUCAGUGGGACAGCGAAGGUCUGUUUUUGGAGAAGCUAGAUCGGGUGCAGAGGGAGAUGGAGGCAGGGGUGACAUGGUAUGUCCAUUUGCAUCGUCACUUAGAGUUCGGUGCAGAGGAGGCGCAUGCUAGCAAAGAAAAGUGCGGUCUGCCAGGAUACUGGUUUUAUAGUGUGAAGGAGUUGGUGGGCAUGGUUCAAAGCCAACUUCCCACUUUGAGAGACGAGCAUCGUCUGGUGGGAGAAGGCCUAUUGGGAGGAGAGAUUACGACGGGUAAGAAGUUAACGACGGCUUUGGAAUCCUUAUUUCAUCUGUCUAGGGCAUGCAAGACGUGCCGAAAUUGCCAGUUGUUCGUCUCCAAUCAGACCCCUUGUUACACACAGGACAUACCGCAGACAAGUCGUUGUAGGCAUGACGUAGAUGCAGGACGAGACUUUGCCCAAGCCGGCGGCUAUCCCGCGAUGCUCCGAGUGUUGAUUUACUCCCGGGCGAAUUCAAAGGACGCGGAACUGGCCGCUCGGAUCCUCGCCGGAUUUGCUGCCGGUCUUUCGAUACUCCCAUGGCAACCCUAUUGGAGCGGUAGAGACACACGUUAUAUUCUUAACCUGCUAAGCGACGACGAUUUCGCGCACUGCACGAAACACUUGGUAUACGUACUGCUGCGUCUUCUGAGACCAUAUGCUACGACGACGAAAGAUAUGGUGGACAACAGCACCCUGCGAGUCCAAGAGGCCGCUGCAUCUGCCAUCUGUUCCUUCAGUCAGGCUGUCAGCGAUAUUCACGCGAUCGUGCACCGUCCUAAAGCUGAAAAAUUGCUAAGCCGUGACGCUUUCCGCUCCGCGGCCAGCCUAUGCUAUGCGUUCACGGCAGUAUGUCCAGUAGGCUGGCUCCUCCGCACCGCCGUACCCGAUUUCCGAAGUGCCAACGACGUCUGGGUGAAGGCGAUGCAAUCCGUCCUGUGUGAACCGAGGACAGUGGGAGCUUUGCUCCGAUGUGCACGAAACGACGUGUCGCUGAGUAUCGUCGCCGACUGUAUACGCACUCUCUCCUCGAUAUGGUCGCGCAGGAUGAUCUACUGGCAUCGUCUCGACAAGAGGAUGGAGGACUUGCCUCGUCCGGUGAACACCAUCCGUGCCCAGCACAGGAAAACGAUUGUAAGCAGCCUGCAGGACCUCUUGAGCUUAGCAGUACACGAGCCAGAGUUUUCUGUCCUCUCUCAGCUCCACUUGGCCAAGAUUAUCAUCUCCCAAAAGAUUCGACGCGCCUACCCUGCUAUCGCGGAGAUUCUAACAGCCUGCCUUAUCUACUGGCGGCGGGCUCUGGGCACUAGGGAGCUGGACUGGUUCGCUAGCGAGACGAUUGAAUGUCUCCGCGAUUUGUUCCAAGAUGCCCGAGAAAAGAGAAAACAUGUCAUCGAGCAGCGGAUUGCAGAAUCGCCAGGAGGUCUCGCUUGUCUCAGAUUGAUGCUCAACAGUCAUUUGAGCAUUACGCACGCUCUUCGCAUCUUCGUGAAGAUAGAGGAUUUCAAUCGGGUUAUACUUCGUUACUCCGCAAGAGCCCAGGUCAGCAACAGGACCAUUGGCCCGGACGAUUAUGCACACCUGUGUUCAGCAUCAGCUGCAGGACUGCUGGCGGACUUGCUUAAGGUCAGGGGAGUAGCAGACUUGCUUGGACUCAAGGGAGUUCAAGGCAAGGGGCCCAAGAGAAAUGCACACGGGCAGUCGGUUGGAGGAGGGCGACCGACUUGUCAAACAUUCCCCGACCGUUUCAUGCGAAGGGCAGAAGACGAGCAAUAUUGUAGAUUGGCUACGACCCUAUCCGAUUCGACAGUGGGAGGACGGAGACCGACUCGUCACGCUCUCUGCGAUUAUCGCGUACUGUGGCGAGAAGCCUGCCGUGCAGGUGCUGACUGGGACUCGGAGAGCUGUGUGAUGUCCGAACCUCCAUCGCGAGCUUUGCCAGAACUGCGACCAACUGGUCACGCUGUCUCCAAUUUUAGCGUACUAUGGCGCGAAGCCUGCCGUGCAGGUGGUGGCUGGGACGCGGAGGCGGAGAACUGUGACAUGUCUGAACCUCUGUCACACUCUCGGCCAGAACUGCCACCCACUGGUCACGCUGUCAGCGAUUUUGACGUACUGUGGCGCGAAGCCUGCCGUGCAGGUGCUGACUGGGAUGCGGAGAGCUGUGACAUGUCUGAGCCUCCAUCACGACUUCGGCGAAGAACGACUGCUCGCAGUGCUCGGCGGAGAUCCACACAAAAAAACCCUGGAAGAGCUCACCGCGUGAAGUCCGAAUUUGACAGGGAUGGAUACGAGCUGCGCGAAGUGAACUCAGCACAACGAUCGACUCGGAAACCGGUUUUCCAUUCACGGGCUACAGGGCGCGUGACUCGGUUAAUCACUGUCGACGGCAAACCACGUCGUGAACCAAUACGAAGGAUUCUACCGGACGACCCCGGGCAAAGUCGUCCAUUUUUCCUCUCUCUUUUCAAGAGCUUAACCUUGAUUCUCUGGGAUCGAACAAAGCUAAGUGAAGUCAGCAGGGUGGGGGGUUCAUGCGGGAGUUGUUGGUCCGGGAUCAGACGAUACCUCUCAGACACCAAGUCAACACUCACAGCUCGGUUCAUACUUCUCUUCUGGGAGUCGUUGGGCAAUCCGGCUUGGCGCCCAGCGUUCGGCAUGUUCGAGGACUUGGAGCCGGCGUGCACAAGCGGUGGGAAGGAGCUCAUGGAGACGUUUGAACGGAGUCUGAACUCUCUCCUGGGGACCAGGAAUGCAAUUCGUGUGGUCGAUCGCGUUCUCGAGACUUGCCUGAACGAUCUCAAUCCUAGGCUGCUGACGCUCUUCUUCCCGCCUAUGGUGAAACUGCUCAUCAAGCCAUGUGUCAGGCUGGACGUGCGCUUGAAGCUCUCUCAGCUGGAGGCAAGCUGCAACGAAGAGAUUAGAGAGACGCUGAUCGAGGUGUUGACGACAAUCGCUCCUCUCGUCCUUGAGAUGAGUGAUCCCACAGAGGAGGAGCUUGAGGAGGAUGCUUUGUUUCCAUCCAAGGCCACGGUGCAGUCGUCUCGAAAUGAGCUGUGUGAUUGGCUAAGGAGGAAUUAUCCACAGCUGGACACGGACACAGAUGGGCAGGGGGGCGACAGCACACCCAUUCAGCUGCUUUGGAACGUGACUCGAUCGAAUCCUUGUCCAGAGCAGGGGCCUGCCAUCGUCGUGGAAAAUGGCACAGGCAACCAGGAGGCGGAUGCUUCGCCUACUGGCUCGCCGAGGCAAGAUUUAGUUAGGAGACCACGAAGAAAUUCUGACGGUCCUUCCUUGGAUAGGGGCCAUAGGGCGGAUGGCCCUGACAGGGAAGCUGAUGACGUCCAAAGCCCACAGAGGGAUCUUGUUGACCCUAAUGAAAUACAAGAGAGUGUUACACGAUGAUAUAAUUCGUAGAUACAGCCCCCCCGAAAACCUAUUGGGUUUAUCACGCC